CAACGAAGAAGCGACGCGUCCUGAAAAUCAUCAUCCUUGGCGAUAGUGGCGUCGGCAAGACGUCGCUUAUGAACCAGUAUGUGCAAAAGAAGUUUACCAAGGAAUACAAAGCGACGAUAGGUGCAGAUUUCCUUACCAAGGAGAUCGAGGUGGACGAUAAGAAAGUGACGAUGCAGAUUUGGGACACUGCCGGACAGGAGCGCUUCCAAAGCCUUGGGUCGGCGUUUUAUCGAGGAGCAGACUGCUGCAUGCUGGUCUUCGAUGUUAACAACGCAAAGAGCUUCGACGACUUGGACAACUGGCGAGACGAGUUCAUUAUCCAGGCUGGGCCAUCCGACCCUGACAACUUCCCCUUUGUGGUGCUGGGCAACAAAAUUGACGAAGUCGGCGUCAACCGCCAGGUUACGGAGAAGAAGGCUAAGGCAUGGUGCGCGUCCAAGGGCAGCAUACCAUACUUUGAGACGUCGGCAAAGGAGGACAUCAAUGUGGAAGCAGCCUUUACGUGCAUCACACGGAACGCCCUACGAAACGAGAAGGAAGAGGAACUGUUCGUGCCCGACGCUGUGGACAUGAACACCUCGGCCACACAGCGGAAGCGUGGCGGCUGCUGCUAAGGGCUUCAGGCUUAGGGGACUUGGGGUCAACGUGGGUUAUUACAGGAUGUUGCAAGUGUUGCAGGAUGUGUGAUGGGUAUCUACAGUAGAAUGAAGUUGUUAGAUUAUGUACAGCGGAAUGACGUUGUACGACCUGGACUAGCUGAGCUGCAGGACGGAGAGCUAUUAUAGUGUUUUACAGUUGCCCUGGGUAUUGCGUUUACUGAUAUAUCUGUGUUUUAUUUGGUUCAACCAUCGUGAUUUAUGUAACAUCGCUUAUGCGACUUGCCUAUCGCGUUUGCACUGCGAAAUUAACUAGUUGCAAGACUAGCUUUACCCAGGCACAGGCGAAGUGCACAAGCGCGAGCUAUAACGUAUUUGCGCGUGCUUUUCUUUAUCAACCGGCAGCAAUGUCGCGCGAUUCAUCGCUGAUCACCAUUGUCAGCUUCGAUGUUGAUGGGACGCUUAUCCAUUCCAUAGGAGCAGAUGCCAACAAGCUCCACAAGGCAGCUUUUAGUCAUGGCUUUAAGGCAGUCUUCGGCCUUGACACUGACAUCGACGUCAUUCAGCACCACGGGUCCACAGACCCGCUGAUUAUUAUUAAAGUCCUCGAGCACCAUGGAAUCAGCAAGGACGAG